GUAUACGCGACCCCUCUUUUUUCGCGCGCGCGCGCGCGCGCGAGAGAGGUUAUACAUUGUAACGCAAUUAUUUGCAAUUCGAGCGGCGCUUUUAAGCCGUACAAGAACGUAUAAGCGAAUGUACAAAGAGGCGGGGAUGUCUUCGUUGUCACACGCGUUUGAAAUUUGAAUUGGACUCAUCGACACAGUUCCGGACAGCGAAUAUAGGUGGCGCACAGGCACUUUCGUGUUUCCCGCAGCAUACUUUACGAGCGCUGAGCAUUAAUACACCCGUCGUAUAUACUUUUAAUCGAUCGCAUCAGCAAAGUUUGAAUAAAAGCGCGAAAAUUCGAAAAAGCGCAAUUCAGUAUAUAUUGCUGAAAUUGAGUGCGAUAAUAUAUACACAGCCGCGCAUAUAUACCGAAUUACUACGUUCGCAUUUAUUAAAAUCGUUGUGUUUUUCUUGAAAAAAAUGGCGCAAAAUUUUCACAUUCACUAGUGAAAACGAGCGUUACAACAUACACACAUUUUUGCGCGAAUUUUUUUCAUACGUAACGACAGCGUUUGGAAACACACUGACUAUGCCAUCCCAUAGAAGUUUCUCAGUUUUCCACGUAGCAUUCGGAAUGUUCUCUAGGGAAGCAAAAAACCGGUUAGCCAUCGGUUAUAAAUCGGCGCGUCGUAAUAGCAACAUUGCGAGCGAUUUUUUUCACGAUCACUUGUCCCAAAGCUAUAUACUCGCGAUUCGUCAAAGGAUAUACUAUACUCUAUAAAUAAAGAAAGUCUAUCGGGGUAAGUGUGUCAUAAAUAAUUACACACGACACUCUCUCCCACAAACUACUUUUAUAUUUAACGGCAAACUGCCUCAAAUCUCCUCGCAUAGAGAACACUUACGUAUUCGUAUUUUUUUCUCUCUUAACGGUACAAAAUCCGCGACAUAGUCUCCCGUAUACCCCGCAAAACUGCGCUGCCGCGGUAUACCUACAUAACGAAAACAAUUUCGCGGCAAGCGCGCGCAGCAGCGCAUAAAAUGAACACCUCCUCUCUCUCUCUCUCUUUCUCCUCCAUUAACCAUAAUAAUGAUAAUCCAGUGUAGAGUGAAAACGAGGAGGAAUUUUUUUUUUUUUCCCCCUAAUAUAUACGGGUCGCAAAGUUUUCUCCGUGUCUCUCUGAAAUUAGUAGUGUGUAAGCCUUUUCUUUUUAUCCGCAGCAGCGGCCCCCACUCCUCGCGCGCGCGAGCGUUCCAGCGGUCAUUCCCUUCUGAUAUAUCCGUUAUGUCUCUCCCGCAGCAUCGACGGGCACUCGUGCUUCGGGCGUUUUCUGCUGCUGCCGAUCGUUCGGGACGUAUUAUAAAGAGGGAAAAUACAUUUUUUUUUUACAUUCCCCGCGAGAUCGUACUUUUCCCGCCGGUACGGCCUACUUUUUUCGUAUUGUACGCGCGCGCUAGGCGCGGUGAAAUUAUGACUUUUAAGGGUCGACGCGCCUCGACUUUCGAAAUUUAAUUUGGUUCUCUUCUCUGUUCGAAAUUGAAACGUAACGAUUUUUUUAAAACAGAUCGUUAAUUACAGUGGUAAAAGAAGAGAGCAACGAUGAAUUCAAUGCUAAAAGAGCUGUCCCCCCCCCCCCUCUCACUCUCUCUCUCUCUCUCUCUCUCUCUCAGCGAGUCUUUCUCCCGUAGAGCACACCUGCGUGUGAUAUCCGCGACACCAUUUUAGUCCUUCGCGCUCCGCUCGCCGAGCAUACCCGAGCACAUCCGAAUGCAAAGAUACAGCUAUACGCUUCUCGCUCAAGAAACUCGCUCAACUCGCUCCGUGUAGGAUGUGUUGUUAGUGCGCGCUGGAUUCCAGUCUGCUCGCGCACUCUCUGCUCUCCUCACCUUUCCCUCCACGCACUACGCACGAUUUCACGUCCUCGUAUAUUUACCGUGCCUCGUCUCUUUUAAGCUAGCUAUUUCAAGGCUGCAGCUUCGAACAGUCGCGAGUUUAGUGCGCGAAUGAUAUCGGUUUCGCUGGAAGUUAGAAGGAUACGCGGCGCCGGAUCGGGCCGAGAGUGUUUUUGUGUUGCUGCUUGUUGAGAGAGAGAGAGAGAGAGAGAGAGAGAGAGAGAGAGAGAGCGGUGAAUUUGCUUGCUUUUUAAUAUGCACGAGAAAACGAGCGCUCCGAGUGCGAACGGUGUGUCUGUCUGAUAAUAGCGGAUAGGAGUGGAAUUUUGCUGAGGCAAUCGAAAAAUGGGCAACCGAUCGCAGCUGAUCCUCCUGCUAACGAUACUGAGCCUGAUCGGCGCGAUCGAGAGCAACCAAUGGCGUCCUUGCGUCGAGAUAAAGCGCGAGUUGCGAGUGCCGUGUCAAUGCGCCGUCGUAGCCAGGAUAAACAGUUCGGGCAAGCCGAUGCUCGCCUUGGAGGUCAACUGCGACCGGAUGGUCCUCGCCGACGACGCACUUGCCAGUUUAGCCGGACAACCGAUAUUCUCGUUCAGCCAACGUCUCAGUGGUCACCAGAGUCUUCCCACGCCUCUGAUAAGAAUCCUGCCGAAGGAGCUGGAGAAGCUCGACCUUAGCGGCAACGCCGUUCACCACUUGAUGGAUCGGCAACUGCAGGCUUACGAGAACUUGAAGGAACUGAGACUGGCCAACAACGCUCUGGGCGACAACCUCAAUCCGAUUUUCUCGAGCAACGAGUUCCGCGAGGCUUCGAAUUUAAGACUCCUGGAUCUCAGGUACAACGGACUGCGCAGCAUCGAGGAGGGAAUAUUCAAGGGGUGUACCGAUCUGGAGGAGCUGUAUCUGGACUACAACAACCUGACCAGUGCGCCUACCGAUUCGCUCAAGGGGCCGACUUCUAUGCGGGUGCUCGGUCUCGCUGGCAACGAUAUCGGUUCCGUGCAACGAGGAGCUUUCUCGACGCUGGGAUCGACUCUUUUGCACCUCGAUUUGAGCGACAAUGAGUUGUCACAUUUGGAAGACGGCGCUUUGUUGGGAAUGGAAAAUCUUCUGGUUCUCAACGUUUCGCACAACGAUUUGUCUCGGCUGAACAGCGACGUUUUUAAAGGUGCUUACAGUCUGGAGCAGCUCGAUAUUUCGGGCAAUUUCCUCGAGGAAUUCCCGACGGAACCAUUGCGAUACCAAAAAGACCUCAAGUUCCUCAAUAUCUCGAAUAACUUAAUCACCGAACUCGAACGUUCGCACUUGACGGAUCUCCGCGAUCUUCAGGUCUUGGACUUGAGUCGGAACAGCAUCGCUCGGCUUGGUGCAAACGUGUUCAGUUCGCUCGCAUCGCUGGUGCAGCUAGAUUUGAGUUUCAACGCUUUACGAACCAUCGAAGAAUCGUCGUUCGAAGGACUGACGAAUCUCAAGUGGCUCUCGCUCCAGGACAACAACAUUCUACUAGUGCCAUCGGCAGCCCUUUCCCGCCUGCCAUCCUUGAUCCAUCUGCACCUGGAAUUCAACCGCAUAGCCGAUCUGUCGAGCGAGAUCUUUCGCGCCAGCGUACCGCGCCUGAUAAGCUUGAGCCUGACCCGCAACCUCGUGCGCGAACUGCCAGCUCGACUGUUCUUUCACUUCGACAAGCUGAUGAGCAUCGAUCUGUCGGGCAACAUGAUACCCACCGUCAGCCAGCAAACCUUCCUCGGUGUGGAGGACACCUUGAUCUUCCUCGAUCUGUCCUACAAUCGGCUGACUUCCGUGGGAGAGCUUCAGCUGAGGAAUCUCGUAUCGCUGAAUCUGGCUGGUAACCAACUGAGGAAGGUUUCACCGGAAACGUUCAAGCACCUGCAGAGGCUGCAGUAUCUCAACAUCAGUGAUAAUCCUCUGUACGGUGGUUUCCCACCGGUCUUCCCACGAACGCUGCUUUCUCUCGACGUCUCGCGAACCGGUCUUCAAGUGCUGCCAGCCAUUUUGCUGUUGAACCUCGAGUACCUGGAGACUGUAUCCUUGACGGGGAAUAAGCUGCAGCUGUUGUCGGAGGGAACCUUCAAGAACCAUUUGAACCUCAGUAGCAUAGAUCUGUCCAACAACGCGAUCACGGAACUCGGAAACGGAACCUUCGCCGGUCUCGCCAAUCUCUACAGUCUGAAUCUCUCUGCAAACAAAUUGAGAGUCUUCGGAGGCGAGCACUUCGAUACGGGUACGGGGUUGCAGCUGCUGGACCUCUCGAACAAUCUGUUGGAAGAUCUGACGACGACGGCGUUCUUGAUUCAUCCCAGGUUACGAAGUGUCAACUUAGCCGGAAAUCGGUUGACCAGCUUCACGAACGAUCUGAUCAAGACUCUGCAGUUCCUCGAACGCCUGGACCUGUCGAGCAAUAGGUUGACCGUCGUCAAGGAGUUCACCUUCUCGCAAGUGUCUCGUCUGAGAGAACUGAGUUUGGCAAGCAACCUCAUAGAGUCGGUCGAGGAAUUAGCGUUCCACAAUUCGACGCAGUUGCAGAGGCUCGAUCUUUCGAGAAAUCGGCUGGAGAGCUUGAACGAGAGGAUGCUGGAGGGUAUCUCCCGCUUGGAGAAGUUCGAUCUGACGGACAACCGAUUGUCAUCCUUGCCAGAGUCGAUCUUGGACGCCUCCAGAGUGCGCAGUCUCGAGAGCAUCAAUUUGUCGGGAAAUCGGUUCGCCGAGAUACCGAUUCGCGCACUGGAGAGGCAAACGGCUCACCUGACCGACCUGAGGAUUUCUCGAAAUCGGCUGUCCGAGAUAUUCACUCAGGACGUCAUAAACAAAGUCAAGCUUCUGGACAUCUCGGAGAACUCGCUGAGCGAGAAGGCCGUCGCCGGACUUCUCAACGAAGCCAAGGUACUGCGCACUCUGAACGUCGCCAAUUGCGGCAUCAGCAGGGUGACAAAACUGGAAGCUCCCUUCCUGCGACACCUCAAUCUGUCGAACAACCAGCUCGAGAGUAUCGAGCAACACGCCCUCGAGAGAACAACGAUGCUGGAGGAACUGAUCGUUUCCAACAAUCGGCUAAAAUCGUUCAACAGCAUUUCCAGUGCUUUCGCCUCGCUGGCCACGCUAAAGCAGAUCGACGUUUCGGGCAACGACAUAGGCAUCAUCAGCGAGCAGUCACUGGUGGGAUUUGAAAAUCUCAAGGUUCUCAAGAUGUUCAGCUUGCUCAACUGCACGAGGAUCGAGAAGAGCGCUUUCAAGAACAUGAAGCGGUUGCGCCAGCUGUUGGCUUACGACUACCCAAGACUGGGCUACUUCGACGUUCGGGGUAUCGUGAAGGACAUGAAGAACCUCGAGAUCCUGGAGAUCGAGAUGAAGGAUCUGAGCGCUGGAAACGAGCAACUGUCGGUUCGAGCUUAUCCCCGUCUGAAAUCGCUGAGCCUCAGGGGCGAAAGACUGAAGAACGUCCUCUCGAGUUUGCUCGUUGGCAUCAGAGCGUCGAGGCUGUCCAUAGGAUUGAAGAACACGUCGAUAGACACGAUACCGGCGAGUCUGCUGUUCCCGGUGCCCCGUUCCACGCAAAUCGAGAUCGACGUGAGCAACAGCAAGCUGACGACCAUUCCCUCGGCCUUGAUCUCGACGUUCGAGGAGCGCGGCAGUAGCGUCAGGCUGAAGGGCCUGAACAUCCAGGUGAAAUGCGACUGCGAGAGCAAGCAGAUAUGGAAGUGGUACAAGGCCUUGAUGAGCAAAGCCGAGAACUCGAUUCUGUGCAACAAACCGGGCUCGCUCAGCGGAAGGUCGUUGCUGGAUCUCGCGGAGGAGCAGCUGUCCUGCGAAGCGGAGAAGCAGAGCACGGUGCUGUACACGUCUGCGAAUACGGAGCAGGCGACCCUUGGAACCGACCGAACCAGUCGACCGACCAAUUCGGAGCCGGAGAUCAUCUGGACCGUUGCCCCGACGACUCAGGAUCCCCGAAUCGUCAAGCACGCGAACGGCGAGCAACCGAUGAACAUAUCGAUCGGCGCUUUGAGCGGUACCGACGACACUCUGAUAAUCGGCAUAGUCGGCGGAGUCGUCGCGUUCAUAGCGAUCGUCGUCAUCAUCAUUUGCAUCUGCCGAUUGCGAUGGAGCAACCAGGUGAACGAGGCCUGUAUGCAAAACGCCAUAGCAUCGAGUAUCCACGAGUCGAUGCUGAGACCGGCGAGUUCUUACGGAGGCAAGUUGAAUCAGGACAUCUACAUGAACACGUACAAUCGCUCGACUCUCGGUCACAACAGUAGCGGCGCGCCGAUGCCGGUGCCGAUGCUACCGAUCGUCCAGCAAUUACCGAUCAUAUCGACUCCUCCGGGAAUGCAGCCUAUCUACGGGUAUUACGACAGUUCACCAGUGCCUAUGUACGUGCAAACGCCGACUGACAACAAGUACGACAAGUAGUCUGUAUACGCUAUAGAGGUGCGGAUCGUUAAAUCGGUUUACCCUUCUUUACCGUGUAAAGAAUGAGUAAGUUUAUGUAAUGUAAUUUGCUCGUACGCGCAUGCAGGAUGUCUUAUACGUUUGCAUAAGUUUAAAAGACUUUAGCUCUCUAAGUUGUAGAAUACACUUUUUUUUACUAUAUUUAAAAAUCAUAGUCUGUUAUUUUAUGUAUCAGUAUAUAUAUAUGUGUGUGUGUAUAACAUUGUUGCAAUAUCGUCAGUCAGUUUAACUGUAAAAUUAACUCGAAGAAAUAUUGUGUGAAAAUAUAAGGAGAUUUGUAGAAA